CAUGAAUCUAACUAAACCUCUCUUCCCACUCUAUAUAUAACCUCACCCAUUUUCCUCUUACAAAAAGCUCAAAAUCCCCCUUUUUUCUCUUAUCCCAAAUCAAACGCCAAAGCUAUCACGAAUUUACGCAAUUAAUUGAAUUGGAUAGAUAUCGCUUAAUCAUAGGUUAUUGAAAGAAUCUCGGACACCCACAAAAAAUGAAUCAACCAAUUUCCACCGAGUUACCUCCGACAAACUUUCCGGCGUAUCGCCGGAAUUCGAGUUUUAGUCGUCUAAUACCGUGUUUAACUGAAACAUGGGGCGCUUUACCUCUCAGAGUCGACGAUUCUGAAGACAUGGUAAUUUAUGGUUUAUUAAAGGAAGCACUUAAUGCUGGCUGGUCGCCGUUCAAUUUCCCCGCCGUCGAAGUAACGCCGGAAUUUAUGGCUUCUCCGGCAGAGCCUACGGCGUCUCCGGCGAAGGAAAGAUAUUAUAGAGGCGUCGGAUGGCCAUUCAGUUUCACCGCCGGCGAAGUAAAAUGGAAACCGGCGCCGGAAUUAAUGACUUUGACGGCGGAUGCUACGGUGGUGCCGGAAUUAAUGGCAUCACCGGCGGAGACUACCAAGGCGGCGGCGGAGGCAUUAAAAGAUAAGCAUUAUAGAGGAGUAAGACGGCGUCCGUGGGGUAAAUUUGCCGCGGAGAUAAGGGAUCCGGCGAAGAAUGGAGCUAGAGUUUGGUUAGGAACAUUCGAAACUGCUCAAGAAGCUGCAAUAGCUUAUGAUAAAGCGGCUUAUAGAAUUAGAGGUACGAAAGCUCAUUUAAAUUUCCCGAGCCAGAUCAGUUUGAAUGAACCGGAACCGGUUCGAGUUACGGCGAAAAGACGAGUUUUGCAUGAACGGGAUAGUCCGUUGGAAAAUGAUUUGGCGAAACGGAAAAGAAAAAACGGUGUAGCUGAGAAAUGUGAGAGUAGAUCAAGUGUUGAGCAAUUGACGGGUGGACAUCAACUAUUGGUUACUUAAACAAUAUUUCAUUGGCCGAAUUUCAAAUUCAUUAUGAAUGCAAAAUGUUGGUGCCUACCCAAAUACGGGUGAACUUAGAUGUUUGAUGCAAAUACAAAUAUUUUUGAAGAAUAGUUUUUUUUUUACUUUAUAAUAUAUUAAAAGUAUCAUUUUACUUCUCUGCACCUCAAA